CGGGUUUCUUUAAUAAGGACACCUGGGCUGGCAGCUUUAUCCGGACUUUUUUAAACUCGGUUUCUUAUUUCUAUUUCUACUUCUUUUGAAAUUAUAGAGCUUCUUCAACUCGAGAAGUACGGAAUUUGUGUCACGCCAAACCAGAAAUCAUGUCUUGCUCUCCCUUCGUCGUCAAGUGGGGUAUCCUAGCCACCGGAAACAUCGCAGAGAAAUUCACCAAAGACCUCCUCACCAACCCCGCCAUCCGCGACACCCACGAUGUGCGCCACGAGCUCGCCGCCGCGGCCUCCUCCUCCUCCGCCUCGCGCGCCCAGGACUUCAUCAAUAACUGCAAGGGCCCCUCGACGGCCAAGGCAUACGGCUCCUACGCCGAGCUGGUCGCCGAUGCGAAUAUCGACAUCAUCUACAUCGCCACCCCGCAUUCCCACCACUUCCAGAACGCGAUGCUGGCGCUGGAGGCGGGGAAGAAUGUGCUCUGCGAGAAAUCGCUGACGGUGAACGCGAAGCAGACGAAGAAGCUGUAUGAAGUCGCCAAGGAGAAGAAACUGUUCUUCAUGGAAGCGGUGUGGACGCGGUGCUUCCCGCUGUCCGUCAAGAUCCGCGAGAUGGUCUCAAGCGGCGAGAUCGGCGAUGUCAUCCGCGUCGUCUCCGACCUCUCGUUCCCCGAGCAUGCCGAGGGCGGGAAAUUGAACUUCCCCAACGAGAAUCGCAUGGUUAAUAAAGAGCUCGCUGGGGGGGCGCUGCUGGAUAUCGGGAUCUACGCUUUAACCUGGGUGUUCCAGAUCAUGUACACCACGCAGCCAAAGCCCAGGGAAGCGCCGACGGUACUAGCAGCUAUCCAGAAGUACGCUGAGACCGGGGCGGACGAGAUGACGAGCAUGAUUCUGCAGUUCCCCAAGCACAACGCCAUGGGAAUCGCAUUAACAGGAUUGCGAGCCGGAUACAAGCACGGCAAGAAUUACGGGGCUGCUAUUACGAUUACAGGAACAAAGGGGGAGAUCCAAGUCGACGGCCCGGCAUACUGCCCCACGCAUUACCGUGUGAUUAUGAACUCUGAUCCGACGAAGGUGGAGGAGGUGGAGUGUGCGAUCCCGAAGGAUGAGGAGAGGGGGGGGUGGGGACAGGGCAUGUUUUGGGAGGCGGAUGAGGCAGCGAGGUGUUUGAGGGAUGGGAAGUUGGAGAGUGAGUGGAUUAGUUGGGAGGAGAGUACGGUGAUUAUGGAGACGAUGGAUGAGGUGAGGAGGCAGGGGGGGUUGGUAUAUCCGGAUUUGAUUGAGAGUGCCGAGUAUGAUCCGAAGAGCCCUCUUAAUGUGGGGAGAGCUUGAGGAGGGGUUGGGGGGUUGACAAGGGAUGCUUGCCCUCAAUGGAUGCCCUCGAUAGAGGUAGAGCUUGAUAAUGGAUUGAGAAAUGAACAAUGAGAUCAUGAAAGGAGUGUGUCUUUAUCGAAUAACUAUUCCCAAAAACAGACCAAAUCACAAUGAAAAUCACUGCAAC